AAAUUUACUUGGGCUUGCUGGGUCAUCUAGCUCAAAGCCUCAAAGUGCCCAGUUUUCAGUUUUAGCCAAACUCUCUUAUCCACACUGGGAAUUGUCAAAAAUGGGGAGAUUGAGACUGAUGAGAGUCAUGGCAAUGCCUUCUUCUUGUUCUCUAAUUCAACCCCACCACUUCGUCUCUAUCCCUCUUAAACCCCGAGCUCUCUUCCCUUCAAAACUCUAUGUUUCAAUCAUCUUCGCGAGAGCCUUGUCUGUUUCCGCCUCAGCCGCACAGCCUCAAACCCCUCAUUAUUUGAAGAGCUUUGAUGGUGAUAUUCAACCAUACUUGCGCUGCACCAUGCCUCAUAAACAUCUCAAAGUCGCCGUUCUGCUCAGUGGCGGUGUCGACAGCAGCGUUGCUCUUCGCCUCCUCCACGCCGCCGGACACUCCUGCACCGCCUUCUAUCUUAAAAUUUGGUUCCAAGAAGAUUUUGAGAACUUUUGGUCGGAAUGCCCAUGGGAAGAGGAUUUGAAGUAUGCAAAAGCUGUUUGUAAUCAGAUUGAAGUGCCACUAGAAGUUGUGCACCUGACUGAUGAAUAUUGGAAGAACGUGGUCUCCUACAUUAUUGACGAGUAUCGCUGUGGCCGUACCCCUAAUCCAGAUGUUCUAUGCAAUACAAGAAUAAAGUUUGGUGCAUUCAUGGAUGCCAUCAAAAGUAUGGACUUUGAUUAUGUUGCUUCUGGACAUUAUGCAAAAGUUGUCCACUCAUGUACAAAUCAAAUGGAUGAUAAUUCUGUUUUAGAAUUAUCACAGGACAUGGUGAAGGAUCAGACAUACUUUCUUUCACAUCUUUCUCAGGCGCAGCUCAAGCGACUAAUUUUCCCACUUGGUUGUAUCUCAAAGGAAGAAGUUCGGAAGCUUGCCACACAAUUUGAUCUGCCUAACAAAGUAAGAAAAGAUUCACAAGGAAUAUGCUUUCUCGGAAAGAUAAAGUUCAGUGAAUUUGUCGCCAGACACAUAGGGGAGGAGGAAGGUGUCAUAUUAGAAGCUGAAACAGGUGAUUUUCUUGGAAAGCAUCGGGGUUUCUGGUUUUAUACAAUUGGUCAACGUCAAGGUUUACGCCUACCUGGUGGACCCUGGUAUGUUGUUGAGAAGGAUGUUAAAAACAACGUAGUUUUUGCAUCAAGAAACUACUUUUCAAUUGACAAAAGAAGGCGCAUUUUUCGGGUUGGCUCCUUAAGGUGGCUGAGCAGGCUUGGCACAGAUCAAACCUGUCAUCUGCAGUGCAAGGUCAGACAUGGCCCUGGUUUUUACAAUUGUAGCUUAACCAUGGAAUCGGGUGAAGAUGGCCAUGAAGAUGUUGCAGUUGUACAGUUAUCUGAAGAUGAUCAAGGCUUGGCAGCUGGACAGUUCGCUGCCUUUUACCAAGGAAAGACCUGCUUGGGUUCCGGUGUAAUUUUGGAGUCUUGGGAUGACAAGGGCUUUCCUGUAUGUGCCAAAGCUCUCGAAAUUGCAAGAAUGGAAGACAAGUCACUGCUCGGAAAACCCGUAAAGAUAAAAGUCAAGCCCGAUUGUCCUCCCUUGGAGCUUGAUCAGGAAGGUGGUACAAAGCUUAAUAAGGAGCAGAGAAGUUCCCAUAUUGCUGCAGCCAAACGAGGCAGGCUGCCGAUAUUCCCUCCUAUCAAGUGGCUGCAACAAUUUAGAGAUAACUGGUUUAGGAUAUUCUAACUUGUGCCAAGAAGUGCAUACAUGUAGCUUAGAUUUAUAUAGCUGGAACAAUCCUAGAAAUGAAAAUUAGAUAUGGACCUUUGUUCUUCUAAGUGGUCCUCAAUUGAUGUAUAGUCAUUUUGAAAGUUUAUUAUUACUUCAUUUUGUUAUUGCCUACAAUUUUUCUCACA